CGUCAGUUGGUAGGCAUAUUUCAACAUGGAGGACAUCGUAGCUGUAGAAAAGAGCCCGGUAUGAAUUAGGAAGAUUGUUUCCUGUUUUGCAACUAACUAAUUGACAGAGUUUCUGUGGACGAAAUGCCAGCAAUACUGACCUCCAGACCUCAGACAGGUCUGUCCUUUCUGGCACCAGAACCAGAAGAUCUUGAGGACCUUUACAGCCGAUACAAGAAGCUGCAACAGGAACUGGAGUUCCUGGAGGUGCAGGAGGAGUACAUCAAAGAUGAGCAGAAGAACCUGAAGAAAGAGUUCCUCCAUGCCCAGGAGGAGGUGAAGAGGAUACAGAGCAUCCCACUUGUCAUUGGCCAAUUCCUGGAAGCUGUUGACCAGAACACAGCCAUUGUUGGUUCCACUACAGGGUCCAACUACUAUGUGCGCAUCCUGAGCACCAUCGACAGAGAGCUGCUGAAACCCAAUGCCUCAGUGGCCUUGCACAAGCACAGCAACGCCCUAGUGGAUGUGCUCCCUCCUGAAGCUGACAGCAGCAUCAUGAUGCUGACGUCAGACCAAAAGCCAGAUGUGAUGUAUGCUGACAUUGGUGGAAUGGACAUUCAAAAGCAGGAAGUCAGAGAAGCUGUAGAGCUGCCACUCACACACUUUGAGCUCUACAAACAGAUUGGCAUUGACCCACCCAGGGGUGUCCUUAUGUACGGACCUCCAGGUUGUGGAAAGACUAUGUUGGCCAAGGCUGUGGCACACCAUACUACAGCGGCGUUCAUCCGUGUGGUGGGCUCUGAAUUUGUUCAGAAGUAUUUGGGUGAGGGCCCUCGUAUGGUUCGUGAUGUCUUCCGGCUGGCAAAGGAAAAUGCCCCGGCCAUAAUCUUCAUUGAUGAGAUCGAUGCCAUCGCCACAAAGCGUUUUGAUGCACAAACUGGAGCUGAUAGGGAGGUGCAGAGAAUCUUACUUGAGCUGCUUAAUCAAAUGGAUGGCUUUGACCAGAACGUCAAUGUCAAGGUGAUCAUGGCCACCAACAGAGCAGAUACGCUGGACCCUGCCUUGCUACGUCCUGGUCGUCUGGACAGAAAGAUUGAGUUCCCCCUGCCUGACCGCAGGCAGAAACGUCUCAUUUUCACCACCAUCACCAGUAAAAUGAACCUCUCUGAGGAGGUCGAUCUAGAGGACUAUGUGGCAAGACCAGACAAAAUCUCUGGAGCAGAUAUCAACUCCAUCUGCCAGGAGGCUGGCAUGUUGGCAGUGCGUGAGAAUAGGUAUAUCGUCCUGGCCAAAGACUUCGAAAAAGCUUACAAGACCGUCAUCAAAAAGGAUGAGCAGGAGCAUGAAUUCUACAAGUAGAGAGGAAAAACACAUCCUGGAGGGGGGGGGAUGGUGUCCAGACACACAAGUUUAUUAUUCAUUUACGUCUGUGUGUCGGUAUCUACAGUGAGUAUUUUGUGGAUUUGCAGUCCCUGACUUACAUUGAUUUUUUUUGGGACUAAAUUUACCCACUGUAGCACAAGGCUUAAUGUCAGAUUAGCCCUGUGUCUCCAGCCUUGAGAAGACACACUACCAUGUGAUGAAGUGUUUUUUGUACAGGCACUCUACUGGUUCCUAAAAAUAUCUGGCCCUGACUGUAGUUAGGAUAGAACAUUUGUAUCUCUAUGUAGUCACUUGACAAGACAAUACUUAAAAAUCCAUUAAAGAUGUUUUCCAUAAAAGAAAAAUGUAAAUGAUGGUCAUUGUUUUUCUGCCUGGAAAUGCAUGGCUUUUAAUUGAAGCUACUAUUAAAAUAGUAUUGUUGUUAUAGUUAUCAGUUGAAUGUUGUGAUUAGAGCUGCUGUGAGUAGUCAAUUUAUCAAUUAGUUGAGCGACAGGAAAUUAACUCUUGAUUGCUUAAUUCAUUGUUUAAGUCAUUUUUUAAAACAAAACUGCAAAAAAGUGGUUCCGGCUUCUCAAAUGUGAAUAUUGUUACGUUUUCUUAGUCUUCUAUGAUAUUAAAUUAAAUACAUUAUGGUUUUGGGUUGUUGGUUGGAAAAUUAAGAUAUUUGAAUAUAUCAUCUUAUGCUUUU